CUUCAAAGUUCUUUCAACAAACUCUCCCUUCAAAGUAACCGCCAUACAUCAGCUACUAUCACAGGUUCAUUUAUUUUUAAUUUCUCACCUUAUUUCGCCCAAAUUAAUGGCGAAUCUUCAUCGCCGGCGAUUGCUCCGCCGCACGUUAAUUGCACUGGCGGUGUGCUAUUUGGCUGCCAUGGGCGACGCCAUGCUGCCGCCGAGCCCAAUCCAAUGCGACGGCGGCCGGAACGAGUGCACUCUUUCCAAUUCCUACGGCGUCUGGCCGGACAGGGAACCCUGCCGCGUCUCCGCCGUCUUCUUCCCCACCACGGAGGCCGAGCUCCGGUCGGCGGUGGCGGACGCCGUCAAAAAAGGAUUGAAGCUGAAAGUCGUCUCAAAAUUCUCCCACACAAUCCCUAAAUUCGCCUGCCCCCAAAUUGGGGUUCCAAAUGCCCUAAUUAGCACGGAAAGGUACAACCAGAGCAUCGACGUCGACGAAGCGAACCUCGCCGUGACGGCGGACGCCGGCGUCGGGCUGAGGGAGCUGAUCGACCGUGUGGAGGCGGCGGGGCUGAGCUUGGCGGUGGCGCCGUACUGGGAGGGUGUCAGCGUCGCCGGGAUGAUUAGCACCGGCGCCCACGGCAGCUCGUGGCGGGGCCGCGGCGGCGCCGUCCACGACCACGUGACGGCGAUUAGGCUCAUAAUUCCGGCGACGGCGUCGGAAGGCUUCGCCAAAAUUGUCGAUCUGAAAAACACCGAUCCAUUGUUGAAUGCUGCUAAGGUUUCCUUAGGUCUUCUUGGAGCCAUUUCUAAGGUUACAUUUUCAUUGGAGCCCGGGUUCAAGCGAAGAGUUACAUUCAACUACACUAACGAUAACGGGAUAGAGAAUGAAUUCAUGAAUCACGGCAAGAAAUAUGAGUUCGGCGACAUUCAAUGGUACCCUUCGAGGCAUUCUGCCGUAUAUCGAUAUGAUGAUCGUGUUCCUAUCGAUACACCCGGGGAUGGUCUUAACGAUUUCAUUGGAUUUCAACCUAAUUUAAUCACUAUAUCUCAAUCUUUACGAGCAUCGGAAAAAGCGGCCGAGAAUACAAAGAGUGUGGAUGGAAAAUGUGUGCUCGCGUCGACAUUCGUAGCAUACAAGAAAUUAGUAGCUAACGGAUUCAAGAACAACAAACUAGUAUUUACAGGUUAUCCGGUGAUCGGACGGCAAGGCAAAAUCCAAACUUCGGGGUCAUGCCUGUACUCGUCGUCGCCGGCGACGGCGUGCGCGUGGGAUCCACGCAUCAAAGGCCUCUCCUUCUACGAGAGCGCCGCCAUCUUUCCGGCCACGCGCUUCCGCGACUUCAUCGCCGACGUCAAAAAGCUUCGUGACAUCAAUCCCCGCAGCUUCUGCGGCGCCGACAUCUACAACGGCUUCCUCAUCCGCUACGUCCCCCGAUCCGCCGCCUACCUCGCCGCGCCGGAGGACUCCGUCGUCGUCGAUUUCAACUACUACCGCGCCGACGACGCCGCCACGCCGCGCCUCCAUCAGGACGUCUGGGAGGAGGUCGAGCAGAUGGCGUUUUUCGGGCACGGCGCGCGGCCGCACUGGGGGAAGAAUCGCCACGUGGCGUUCACCGGCGCGGCGGAGAAGUAUCCGAAAUUGAGGGAGUUUGUGGCGGCGAAGGCGGCGCUGGAUCCGGCGAACGUGUUCUCCAGCGACUGGUCGGAGCGAGUGAUGGCCGGAAAUGGAGGAGACGCCGGAGAUAAGGAAGAUGGAUGCGCUCUGGAAGGGAGAUGCGUUUGUUCGGAGGACCGCCAUUGUAGCCCUAAGAACGGUUACUUCUGCCAACACGGCCGUGUUUAUACGCUGGCUCGAGUCUGCAGAUAUUCUUCUAAUUCCACUUUCUCUAUAAUUUGAUUAUUAUUAUUGUUUAAACGAAUUUAUUUAUAACUCCAUUUAUUUACUUAUAAAACCUUAAAAUUUAGUAUACUUUUUUGUACGCUAUAUAAUAAAAAUAUUUUAA